AUGUCUUCUGUCAACGGUACUUCUAGCCUGCCGGCAUGGCAGACACACAAGUCUGGCACGUUUCUUUUCACUUCCGAAUCAGUUGGUGAAGGUCACCCUGAUAAGAUUGCCGACCAGGUCUCGGAUGCCGUUCUUGAUGCUUGUCUGAAAGACGACCCUCUGUCUAAGGUAGCCUGCGAGACAGCCACCAAGACGGGUAUGGUCAUGGUCUUCGGUGAGAUCACCACCAAGACUCGACUUGACUACCAAAAGGUCGUCCGUGACGCUAUCAAGGACAUCGGCUAUGAUGAUUCUGCAAAGGGAUUUGACUACAAGACUCUCAACCUUCUUGUUGCUAUUGAGGAACAAUCUCCCGAUAUUGCUCAGGGUCUCCACUAUGAGAAGGCUCUGGAGGAGCUCGGUGCUGGUGACCAGGGUAUCAUGUUCGGCUAUGCUACCGAUGAGACCCCUGAGCUCUUCCCCCUCACUCUGCUGUUAGCUCACCGCCUCAAUGCUGCAAUGUCCGCUGCUCGCCGUGACGGCACUCUACCGUGGUUGCGCCCCGACACAAAAACCCAGGUGACCGUUGAAUACAAGCAUGACAAUGGUGCCGUCGUCCCCCAAAGAGUCCACACGGUUGUCGUAUCAGCCCAGCAUAGUGAGCAUAUCACUACGGAGAAGCUGCGCUCUGAGAUCAAAGAAAAGAUCAUCAAGAAGGUCAUUCCAGCUCAGUACCUGGACGACGAGACGAUCUACCAUAUCCAACCCUCCGGCCUGUUCAUCAUUGGAGGCCCCCAAGGUGAUGCUGGCCUGACUGGCCGAAAGAUCAUCGUAGAUACUUACGGUGGUUGGGGUGCUCAUGGUGGUGGCGCUUUUUCUGGAAAGGAUUUCUCUAAGGUUGACCGGUCAGCUGCCUACCUUGGUCGCUGGAUUGCAAAAUCACUGGUUGCUGCAGGCUUGGCCCGUCGUGCGCUAGUUCAGCUUUCGUACGCCAUCGGUGUAGCUGAGCCGCUUUCGUUGUUUGUCGAGACAUAUGGCACGUCCGAGAAGACGUCAGACGAGCUUGUCGAGAUCAUUCGUAACAACUUCGACAUGCGCCCCGGUGUUAUUGUCAAGGAACUGGACCUGGCAAAGCCCAUUUACUUCCAGACGGCCAAGAAUGGUCACUUCGGCACUAACCAGAGCUUCAGCUGGGAGAAGCCGAAGACUCUCAAGUUUUAA